AUGGAUACCACAACAGCUAAGACGAAUAGUAAAGGAGCAGAGGGAGCUGCGCAUCAACCGUUGACGAUGGCGGUAGCGGAGGAGAAAAAGAAAACGAAGGUGUUGGUGGCUAUGGAUGAGAGUGAUGGGAGUUUCUAUGCACUUAAGUGGGCACUUGACCACUUUUCCUGUUAUCAUAUUCAGCGUGAUCAGGAGUCUAGCAUGAUCACUUUGGUCCAUGGUCAGCCAAUCUUCCAACCCUUCAUUUACCCUGCUGGACCAGUUAGCAAUGAUCCUAUAGUCUCCUCAGUUGAUAAAACUGAAGAUCAGCUUCUUAACCACAACACUUCAAACAAUCCAUCUUAUACAGAGCCUUCUGAUCUUUAG